GAGCAUGCUGAGGCUUUAAAGACGCUGUUAAAGUGAGCAAAGGUGCACUGUGCAUGAGUGACAUGUAGAGGAGGGCUGAGGGAGGAGGAGGACCCAGUGGGGGAAAAAAGGAAGGCAGGGAUGUGAGCUUGCAAGGACAGAUGGCACCAAGGGGAGGGGAAAACACUCCACUCGCCUGCGAGACCGUGUGAGAGGCAGCCGACGCUCGACGACGCUCCGAGGAGGAUGUUCGCAUCAUCACCGUGGUCUUCAUCAGCACCCAGGAGCGGACCCUAGACCAAGCACAAAUACAUGAGGAGGCAAGCAGCAGCGUCAGAGUGGAAUCUACCAGAAGGCGGUCAUCUUUGAAGGUCUCCCCUUCUCUUGCCUUUUUGUUGUUUUUUUUUGGCGUGUGGACCGAAAGCAUGAGUGAGGCCAAAAAAGGCGAGCUGGCCAUGAGAGAUAAAGCCAUCCUGCACCAGCAGCGGCGUCUCAAGCAGGCCACUCAGUUCACGCACAAGGACUCGGCUGACCUCCUGCCCCUGGACGGCCUCAAGAGGCUGGGGACGUCCAAAGACCUGCAACCUCACAGCAUCGUCCAGCGGCGCCUGCUGGAGGGCAACAUCACGCGGCUGCGAGGCGAGGCCCGCGACACGGGCGCCCGAGUGCGCUCGCCGCUGGCCGACAACGAGGACCAGGGCGAGGGCGAGGACGGUCCGGGCGACAGUGAGGAGAGGAGCGAGAGCACCGCCGACUCCUCCACUGAGGAGAGGGAGGAGUCUCUGGAGGAGAGUUUCCGCUCGGACGACGAGGAGGCGGCCCGGCACGGGACGGUGGGGUCCGGACUUCUCACGGCUCUACUCGUUCAGUGCAAGUGCCGCGAGACGGAAGUGAAGGCGUCUUUGAACACCAGCAGCCUGCACAACCACAUCUCUGCAUCCUGCUGCCACAGGCUCGGCCUGGACCCCAGCAGCUCCGUCGCAGACGUGAAGCUCCAAUUGGGCACCAGAACCUUCCAAUGCUCCGCUUUGGUCCAAGAGGACGACACGUUGGAACUGAGCCUCGGUCUGCAGACUCUGCUGCAACUCAAAUGCUGCUUGGACCUGAACAGCCGCGUCCUGAAGCUAGGGGGCGGCGGCGAGGAGCUGCCCUUCCUGAGCCCGGCUGACCUCCCCCCGCCCAAAACACCCGACCAGAAGCUGUGAGGCCGGCUCGGUACACGUCGGCUGCGUUCCGGAACCCCGACAAGCAUUUAGAACCACGUUUACAUGUCAACUAGUCUGAUUGCAACACUUCAAAAUAUUUAGUGAAAAUCAAUGUAAAAUCAAUCCUUUUUUUUUUUUUUAAAUCAUAAAAAUUGAUAUUUUUAUAGGAGAGAGAGACAGAUUGAAACAAAUAACUAAUCAAUUAAUAAACACAUUUACUUGUU